GCCAAAAGGCAGAGGAAAGUUACACGAAAUCGUAGGAGUUAUCACAGUCACGUUUUAAAUUUAAUCAUUUGCUUUAAUCUGUUAAGCUUUGACCCUGUGGAACAUGACUUGAACCGGAAGGAAAUACUGCUCGUAUUCGUUCGAUGGUUUGCAGAUUGAUUUCCGUUGAGGUUUUUUUUUUCGGGAAACGGUCACGCAUCUCAUAAACGCGACUCAAAUAUUUAUAUUUUUAUUGAGAUGAUUGGAUCCUGCAAGGAAAUCUUGAUGUGCCCAAAUACUAUGCUCUGGGAAGUUUAAUUGGUAUACAUGUAAUUAGUAUACCUGUCUGCAGGGCAUGGCAGCAUCAGUAACCACAGCAAAGAAAGUAAGGGUGGUAGCCAUUCAUGACUUUGACCCACUGCAAGCUGAUGCUAUUUUAACACAAGACUGCCUCAAGAAUCCACCCAACAUACAGGCUCAGUUACCAUUAUCCAGGGGUCAAUGUCUUGAGAUUCUGACCAAGAAUGUAAAAUCUUGGUGGCUCUAUGUAAGAUGUGUUUUCAGUGAAAAGGAAGGAUUCAUACCAAGCACUUGUGUUGUUCCUUUGAGGGAGGAUGUGGAUGAUGAGAAGCUUCAUAAUCUUGUUAAUGGUGGCCAGCUGUCAUCCUCUCUGGUCAAUAGACAGGUGGAAUCAAAGUUCUUUCCAAAUAUCCUGAAUGUUACUAAUAUAUCCAGCAAAAAGAUUGAAUCAAGGAGGAAGCCAUGCCCUGAGGAGAAAGCUAAUAUAUUUUCACGCUUGUCAUUUUGGUGGCUAAACAGUCUCAUUUUAACUGGCUUUAAAAGAGCACUGCUGGACAGUGAUUUAUGGGCACUGGAGGAGGGAAGUUUGUCUCACAGUAUUGUGCCAAGACUUCAGAGUGAAUGGGAGAAAGAAAUAAGGAAGUGUCAUGGCAGAAACAGAGCACCACGUUCUAAUGACGAGGACUUUGAAAAGAAUCAUCUUCAGAGUGCCAGUGAUGUUGCAUUUGUUGGAAAAUGCAGAGAGCCCUCUCUAAUCAAAGCCAUGAUACAAGUAUUUGCUCCUUACUUUGUGAUUGGCGUUUUCUUCAAGUUGCUGAAUGACAUUCUGUUGUUCGUUCAGCCGUACCUUUUAGGACUCCUAAUAGACUAUACAGAAGAUAAGGGUAACGAUGCAGACAGAUGGAAAGGCUAUGUGUAUGUUGUCGUCCUUGUUAUUGUGGCAAUCCUCCAGCUGACGGCAGUGCAGCAUGCACUGCACAUUGCAUUCAAAUCAGCAAUGAGAGUUCAUACAAGCAUUGUUGGUGUUGUUUAUGCCAAGGCUUUGACAUUAAACAGCCUCGCAAGAAGGAUAACCACAACCGGUGAAACAGUCAACCUCAUGGCUGUGGACGCUCAACGUGUCAUGCAUCUGGUUGAAACCCUCAAUCAACUGUGGUCAGCGCCCUUUCAAAUUUGUGUUGCCAUCUACUUUUUAUAUGUCACCAUGGGAGUGGCAGUCUUGGCUGGACUAGGCACGCUGCUACUAUUAGUGCCGCUGAAUCUUCUCAUAACGCGUUUAGUCAGAAAGAUGCAGGUGAAGCAGAUGGCAAAUGCAGACGAACGCAUCAGAGUGAUGAAUGAGGUUCUUAGUGGAAUCAAGGUUCUGAAGCUGUAUGCUUGGGAAGAAUCCUUCAUGAAUAAGAUCAUUUCUGUCAGAAAUAAGGAACUGCAUCAUCUGACCAACAGCAUGUACUUAGGCGCAGCUGUUUCAUUCACUUUCAUUUGCGCUCCUUUUUUGGUGUCUCUGGCCACAUUUGCGGUAUACGUCCUUCUUGGUAAUGAGCUGACCGCUAAGAAAGCUUUUGUAGCAAUUUCUCUGUUCAACAUUCUUCGCUUCCCUCUUAUGAUGUUACCACGAGUAAUAGUGAAUGUUAUUCAGGCUCAAGUUUCCUUUCAUCGAUUGGAGCAAUUCCUUGGACUUGAAGAAUUACAACACGAAAAUGUCCAACGCAAUAUGCCGUCACACUGUUCUAACCUGGCAAUUUUUGUGAAAAAUGGUUCAUUUUGUUGGGACAGAACCGAUGAUAUUCCUGCUUUGAGAAACAUCAAUUUAAGCAUUGCCACUGGCUCACUUGUGGCUGUGGUCGGUCAGGUUGGUUGUGGAAAGUCAACUCUGUUGUCAGCUCUCCUCGGAGAAACAAAUAAAAGCGAUGGAAAAGUUUUUGUGCAGGGAACGACUGCUUAUGUUCCGCAGCAAGCUUGGAUCCAGAAUGCAACGCUUCAGGAAAAUGUGCUGUUUGGUAAUCCACGUGACUCUGCACGCUAUAAACAAGUGAUUAGCGCCUGUGCCUUGGAACCUGAUAUUCAGGUUUUACCAGCAGGAGACAUGACGGAGAUUGGUGAAAAGGGUAUAAACCUCAGUGGUGGGCAGAAACAGCGUGUAAGCUUGGCUCGUGCUGUGUAUUUCAAUACUGAUAUAUACCUGUUGGACGAUCCACUCAGUGCUGUGGAUUCGCAUGUUGGAAAACAUAUAUUUGACGAAGUUAUUGGACCUCAGGGACUGUUGAAGGAAAAGACACGUGUUCUUGUGACACAUGGUAUUCAGUUCUUACCAUUUGUGGACCAAAUAAUUGUCCUUCGAGAUGGUGAGGUUUGUGAGGUUGGUACCUAUACAGAGCUUAAAUCAUCUCAAGGGUGGUUUGCUGAAUUUUUGGAUAUCUACGCAGGAGAGAACAGCGGCGCACAGAUGGGUAAAGAAAACAUUGGAGAGGUUUCAAGUCAAGGAAAAUCUUUACAUAAAGGGAGAAAUUCUAGAAAUGUGGCCUACAAUCGAUCUGUCAGCUGUCAUCACCUAGGAAACGAGCUUCAUCCUCGUCACCAGGCAGCAAAAUCGCAGAGUGAAGUUAACUUAGCAAGGCUUAUCGUUGACAAACAAUCUGGAAACCGAUCUCCACUGAAAAAGUUGCUAGAUCUUGAAAAUCGCCACAGCCUUGUUAGUAUGCACUCGUUGAACAGUCUGUUAUCUGGCUGUGAAGGUUUGGACGCCAAUUAUGAAGUGGAAGAUGAGCCCUUAUUUGAUACUGCAAAUGAUGAAGACGAAACAGUGUCGUCUUUAGAUGUUCCACGAAAUUUCCAACAUCAGCGAAGUGUUGUUAGUGGCGCCUCGGUGAAUAGUUUAUUAUCGCUGGUAGAAGAAGAAGAAAGCACUAAAGACCGCGUUGAAAAACCACCAGUGAUUUGUAUUAACGAACCUGAAGACAGCCCUGGCAUGAGAGAAAAGGAAAAUGAAAGUUUACUCGCAAACGAAGGAACCGGUGAAAGAGAGAUAGUCGUCGAGAAAAGAGAGAAGAAAGAAAAAACAGGCAGGACAACCUCUGAUGAAAGGUCGCAGACGGGAAGGGUGAAGUUCUCCGUCAUAUGGGCGUAUGCAGGCAGUCUAGGCAUUCUCUGUUCUUUUCUAAUUCUCUUCAGCGGUUUUGGAGCUGAAUCAGCGAUCAUUAUGUCACGCAUAUGGCUCGCCAAAUGGAGUUCUACCAAUGUCACGACAUCACAGCAGCGUGACACAUUCCUUGGAGUUUAUGGUGCAUUGGGGUUUGGGCAAGUCCUUCUUGUUAGUGCAAUGUCUCUUGUUCUAACGUACAGUGCAAUGAAAGCCGCCAGAAACUUACAUCAUGGACUACUUGUUAACAUUAUGCAUUUACCGAUGCAAUUUUUCGAAACUACACCGCUGGGAAGAAUUGUAAACCGCUUUUCCAGAGACAUAAACUCCGUUGACGAUAAAAUUCCACGCGCCUUGGGGAUGUUUCUCAGAACUUUCCUGACCACUCUUGGAACAAUUGUCAUUAUUAGUUAUUCUACACCUCUGUUUCUAACUUGUGUUUUACCACUUGGUGCCCUGUACUUAUUUAUUCAGAGAGCGUUCGUAGCAACAUCUCGUCAGCUCAGAAGAAUAGAAUCUGUCAGCCGUUCUCCAAUCUAUAAUCAUUUCUUUGAAACCAUCAACGGUACAAGCACCAUUCGCGCGUAUUCUCAGCAACAGAGGUUUAUUUCAGAGAGCUAUCGUCGAAUGGACGAGUCUCAAGUGGCACAUUAUCCAGCUAUUUCAGCAAACAGGUGGUUGGCACUACGCUUGGAAUUCAUUGGAGCUGCCAUUCUGUUUUUCGCUUCGUUGUUUGCUGUAAUAGCCAGAGAGACCAUAGCCCCUGGCCUUGUUGGGCUGUCUGUGGCAUACGCAUUACAGAUCACAGGUUCACUAAAUUGGAUGGUGCGCCAGAGUAGCGAAUUGGAAACUAACAUUGUUGCGGUAGAGCGAAUUAAAGAGUAUUCAGCAGUUACUAGAGAGGCCGAUUGGAUAAUUCCCUCUCACCGUCCUCCUAGUGAGUGGCCUCACCAGGGUAAGGUAGAAAUAGAACACUUUGACUUGCGUUACAGAGAACAGUUACCUCUCGUGCUCAAAGACAUCAAUUGCACCAUUGGAGCAAGAGAGAAGGUCGGUAUUGUGGGUCGCACGGGAGCUGGCAAGUCAACUCUUACCUUAGCCUUGUUUCGUAUUCUGGAGAGAGCUGGUGGACGGAUUCUUAUUGAUGGUUUUGAUAUCGCUGCGAUCGGACUGCAAGAUCUGCGGUCACGACUCACCAUCAUUCCACAAGAUCCCAUGUUAUUUUCAGGAAGUCUCAGGCUAAACUUAGACCCUUUUAAUAAAUACUCAGAUGAAGAGCUGUGGAAUGCUCUUGAAGUGGCCCACCUGAAGAGUUUCGUGUCGGGUCUUGAUAAAGGACUUGAAUUUGUCAUUCAAGACGGAGGCGAGAAUCUGAGUGUUGGCCAACGGCAGUUGGUGUGUUUAGGACGUGCACUGCUCCGAAAGAGCAAAAUUCUAGUUCUUGACGAGGCUACAGCUGCUGUGGACCUGGAAACUGAUGAACUAAUUCAAAAGACGAUUCGGCGAGAGUUCGCUGACCGGACAGUGUUCACGAUCGCGCACAGGCUCAACACCAUCAUGGACUACGAAAGGGUUAUGGUCCUAACAGACGGUUCAGUAGCGGAGUUUGACUCGCCCUCAAACUUGCUGUCAAGAAGAGGAAUGUUCUACAGCAUGGCUCGUGAUGCGGGUUUGGCUUGACAAAAUUUUCUCAUAUUUUUGUAAGGGCUGAUACGCAUUAGCCCAGAGCAGGAAAGAGGUUUGGGGAAAACUCCUGUAGAGCUCAAAUUGCCAUUACCCACCCCCUUUUCUCCUUUUCAAUCAACUCAGAUAGGUCUGUCUUGGAAUUACGAUUGCGUUAUAACCAAUUCACUACGUCUUUGAUUUAAGUUAUUCAUUGCGCAAUUUUUUGACAAUGUAACUUUAUGGCAAUGUAUGUUAUUAAGACAAAGUUAAUAUAAUUAUAAAAAAAAAGACCAAAUUGAAAAACAAAUAGGGAAAGGAAACCUUUUUUAAAAUCAAUAGAGAGAACGUAACUUGUUAUCAGUCGUUGAUGUUUAUAGAUUUUAUUGCAUUCCUAAUCUCAAAACUUCAUAGGCAAAGCUAGGAUACAGACUUAUAGGAAGCAUACAAAUAUGAAAUCGUGUUUGGGGAACUUGAUUCUCUUGGUUAAAAAAAAAGAAGAACAAAAUGUAAAAGAUUCAAGUUUAAUAAAAUUUAUGUUUUUAUACUUUUGU